GUUUUCGAACUUGAAACAAAGAUGGCGUCUGGAAAUCCCUUGAUAACACUAGAGCGAAUGCUAAAUGGCAGGACAACGUUAAAAACACAGAAGAUGACACACACAAAUAUAGUGUGCAUUGGAACAGAACUUUUAGAUGAAAUACAGCAAGUCACGAGAGAAGAUAAAGAAAAAGCUGUUCAAGAAGCUGUUGCUGCAACUGAAGCAAAAGCAAAUGCAGAAUUGAAAAAAGCUCUCCAAGAGCAGAGAGAACAGAUGGAGGAAGAGAGAGAACAAGCACUGGAGGAAGCUAGAUUGCAAGCUGAGGAACAAAUGGCAGAAAUUAAGUACCGAUGUGAAGUGGCAGAAAAAAAGCGGGCUCGCUCAGCGUUGGAAAGAUUUCAAGGAGAAAAGAGGGAUGCUUUGCAAAAAGCAGCAGAAGAAGCUGAGAAAAAGAACCAAGAGGCUCUGAAAAAUCUCACCAAGACGCUCACAAGAAAGCUCAGAAGUGAAGCUGCUCUUCAAAGAGAAUUGGCUGUUGGUGAAGCACUUGCAGUUGCUAGGAAAAAUGCCGAGCGACGUCCACAAGAAUCAGUCGAAGAAACAGCACUAGAAUGUGAAAGAAAAGCUGCAGCAGAAGCGUCAAGAGUAGCUCGGGUCCACCAGAACAAAGUGAAUGAACUAAAUCAAAGGAUUAAUCAGUUGGAAAGAAAUUUAGAUGCUGAAAACGACGCAAAACUUAAAGUAGAAAAUUUGUUUCAAGAAAUGAAAGAAGACUACAAGAGAUUUCAGAAUUAUACCAGAGGAUUUCAUUCGGACUUUCUUAUGAAAUAACCAACGUAUUUCUGUGGGAUUAUUUUAAGUGUUUGUAAAUAUUCAGAAGGUACUCAGUACAAAAAGUCAUAACAAGUUCUAGAAGAGUAAUCCACGCCCACGGGCGAUUUCGCAGAAUCAAAUAAGUGAAUUUAUUUUGUUCACGGAGAAAAAAAAAAAAAUUAAUUCUCUCUUCUUACGACGAGGGCAUUAUAAUUGUUCCCAGAAAGCAUUAUUUAUACAUGAGAAAUUAUUAAUAGUUUUGAUUUUGAAAUUUAUUCGAAAAAAAAAAAGUUUGGAACAUACGAAGACCGUGCUUCUCUAUUUAACUAAUUGAUUUGGACGAAAGUAAUUUAUUUUUUUCCCUUGACCAGAAUUUCUAUUAGUUUUUGACUCCUCGAACACUACUAUGUUCAGUUAAAAAUUCACCCCUUGGUAGCUAGUGGUAUAAUUAAUCCCCAAUACGUUUAUUCGUCAUUUGCCAUUUCAAACGUACCCAAAGAAAAUAAAUUUGCACGACUCUUUAAAUUAAAGAUUGGGUUAAAAAAAACCAAACAAACAAACAAAAAAAUCCUGCCUUAAUCUCGAUGGACAGAUUCUUUAACCAGUAACCAAAAUUAAUUUGUUCUCUAUCGGGUUCUGGUUGAUAGCCCACUGGGCUUUGCCAUAACAAGACAUUGUUUUGCAUACUGUAGACUCGCCAUUAAUGUACGUAUUUCCAAAGUAAUGAAACCACAAGAGUGGAAUUCCCUGGGCGGUCGCGAACGGAACAUCAAUUUCAAAUCCUUUUGUAGUUUUUUGUGUAAGCCUGAUGGACGGUUUUACAAUUGGAAACAAAAGAUGAACAAAAAAAAAAUCGCAACCGUUCAACUCCGCGAUCGAUCACUGAUGGCAAAGAUAAGUUUAAACGUUAUAAUUUAUGCAUUACUCCUCAACGACAUUAAAGUACUUUUUUUAUCGUAAAUUUCUUUUAAUAAAUUCAAUGCAUUAUUUCC